CCAGCCCAUCGCAGGGCUAACACAGAGACAAACAACCAUUCGCACGUUUUGAUUUUCCUCAUGGAUGGACCUCUUCUGGUGAGAAGGUCGCCAGGGGGCGCUCAGGCUCCACAGUGGUGCUGAUCAUCGUAGACACCGUAGAAGAAGAGUUAGCAUUGUAAACACAAGGAUAUGGCUGACGAGAGGGGUGGAGGUGAAGACAAUAUUAACGACAAUAUGGGGAACCAGUUGCAGCUCUUACCAGACAAUGAGGAGGAGGAAGAGGAGGAUGACAUGGAGACUGAAGACCGAGACAGUGAGGAGGCAGAGAAGCCCAACACCAUCACCUUUGACCCCAGUCUUCCCACAUCACAUGCUUACCUGGGCUCGGACAUGGAAGAGUUUCAUGGCCGCACAGUCCACGAUGACGACAGCUGUCAGACCAUUCCCGUGCUGCCCCACACAGCUGUGAUGCUGGUGCCGGGUCAGACGCUGCCGCUGCAGCUCUUCAGGCCGCAGGAGGUCAGCAUGAUGAGGAACGUCAUUCAGAGGGACCGCACAUUUGCUGUGCUCGCACAUAGCAGUGAUGCAGGUGAGCCCGACCCAGAGUUUGGGACAACAGCUGAAAUCUAUGCAUACCGAGAGGAGCAGGAGUAUGGCAUUGAAACAGUCAAAGUGAAGGCUGUAGGGAGGCAGAGGUUUAAGGUCCAUGAGAUAAGAACUCAGGCAGAUGGAAUCAGACAAGCCAAAGUACAGAUCCUUCCAGAACGAAUCCUUCCAGACCCCCUCUCUGCCGUGCAGCUAACAUCCCUUUCCAGGCUCCACGUGCACCCUUCAUCAAAACCCACACCUCAGAGCUGCAAGCAGGCUAAGUGCCGGUGGAAUAAGUAUCAACAGAGGAAGUUUCACUGUGCCAGCCUGACACCGUGGCCACCGUGGGUAUAUGCGCUGUAUGACUCUGAGUCGCUGAUGAACAGAGUUAAGAAACAGCUCCACGAGUGGGAUGAGAAUCUGAAAGAUGACUCCCUCCCUACGAACGCCGUAGACUUCUCCUACAGAGUGGCAGCUUGUCUACCAAUAGAUGAUGCCCUGCGGCUGCAGCUGCUGAAGAUUGGCAGUGCCAUCCAGAGACUUCGCUGUGAGCUGGACAUCAUGGACCGGUGCACAUCACUGUGCUGUAAGCAGUGCCAGGACACAGAAAUCACCACAAAAAAUGAGAUCUUCAGCUUGUCUCUUUACGGCCCCAUGGCUGCGUACGUCAACCCCCACGGUUACGUCCAUGAAACACUGACCGUCUACAAAGCCAACAACCUCAACCUGGUUGGCCGGCCAUCCACACUGCACAGCUGGUUUCCAGGGUACGCCUGGACAAUCGCUCAGUGCCGAACCUGCGGGUCUCACAUGGGUUGGAAGUUCACAGCCACCAAGAAAGACUUGUCUCCUCCUCGUUUCUGGGGUCUAACCCGUUCGGCCAUGCUCCCUCGCAUUCCACAGGGCGAGGGGGAUGACGGGAGAGAGGGGUCUCGCCUCUUCUGUCUGUGACACCAGACCAUUUAAUUGCCUCGUUCAGAAAGCCCUGCAAUCCUGCCCAAGCCUCAAUCUUAGGCCACUCUCUGGCUGCGAUUACUUCUAGUAAUCAAUGCAUCACACCGCCUGUCACCCCUGGCAGCAAAUCCAUCAUAUUAGUGGAAAGGUCAUCCAGCCUUUGAAAGUGACUGAAAGAGCAGAUUAGAACAGGAUGGAUAUAGUGUAUGUUUGUGAAGUUUCUUAAAACGGCAGAGGCAGUUGUGAGAGCAUUGUGUUAAAAUGAGAAAGAAAUGACAUGUUGGACAGACUGCUUCCAUGACAUGCGCUAACAUCCCCCUGCAUGCAGUUUCCUGAUCUGUACCCCUGUCCAGCUGUUGUCUUGCUGCCUCACAGAAAAACAAAAGGUAUGCUGAAUGCUUUUCACCUCCAACUCCUUUCCUGCAGUACGGUCUGACAAUUAACUCUACAAUUACCUUGCAGUAAAUUUAGCUGGGAUUCAUAUCAUUUGUGGAUUAGUUUUCUGAUGUUGUUGCUGCUGCCAUAGACCAGAGGAAGGAAAGACUACGAAUGAAAGUGCACUCGUGUGUGUAGAUGAUGAGGGGAUAUAUUUUGAAUCUUGGAAUUGAUUUGGAUGUAUUUUUGUAUGACAAGAAGAUUGGAAAUUUGUUCAACACGCAUUUUAUCAUCACAGCAGAUUCUUUUCUUUAUGUAAAAAAAAAAAAAAAAAGCUGAGGUGAGAAUAAUCACAGUGUAUUAUAUUAUUAUUAUAUAACUGAUAUAAUCUGUGUUUGAUUUGUGUUCAACAAAGGCUCAGUGUUCCAAAUGAUAAGAUGCUUCAGGAAUUAAAAGUUUAUCUCCGGUUGCACAAGUGAAAAUUCGAGAUGUAUCGGUGCCUCGUGGCAGACUAUCACUGGUCAAAGCUAAUAAAGACUGAGAGCAAAAGGAGCAUUUACCCAUCUUCAUUUAGUGUGUUCGUGUUGCGUGUUAAAAUAGUGUGCCUCUGCUCCUGCUCUGCGUCUUUCCGUACGUUUGAAAUAUCAGUGAACCGCAAACGAGAAUUAAAGGCAAAGUGAGGGUAAGAUUUAGAGUUUCUUCUUCUUUUUUAGGAUUCUUUUGUAGUCUCGCUGUAUUGAGGAUUUUACUUCUUGCAAUUUUGUUGCAAGGUGUUGGCUCACGUUUGUAUAAAUGUACGUAAAUAAGGGCAGUUACAGUGGUCACUGUGUAAUAUGACAGCUCUAUUGUUUGUAGGAUUUGACAGAUUUGUGGAAACAAUUUGUGCUACUGAGAAUUGUAAGAAAAACGUCUUAUCAUCAAUAAACAGUAGUUUAAGGCAAUAAGAAAGCUUACAGGGUCUGAGGAUAUUUGUCUGAAGGAGAUGGAUUUUGGAAAAAUACAAAUUUUCUUUCUUUUUCUUUUUUUUUUUGCUGAUAGGGGAAAAGAUUGAUACCACUCUCAUAUACCAUGCUACUACAACAUUUGGUUACCUCAGCUUACACAAAGACUAGAAACAGCUUUUCAUAUUGUUGUAACAUGUCAGGUUAUUCCCUGCAGAGACACAAUAUUAUUGUUGGUGAUGGUGAGAAGUUUUUGUUAGUAGUUUCUUUGUUGCUUAGACAGAGCCUGGUUUGCAGUUUUCACUUGUUCCCAGGCUUUAUGCUAAGCUAAGCUAACCAAUUGCUAGUUGUCCCCUUUAUUGUAACAGACCCAUUUCAACACGUUCACACGCCACACAUGACGCCGAAAAAUGACAAAAGUCGCCGCACAUAGACUUUAAAAGAGAUUAGUAAUCCACGAAUAGAUGAGGUAAAGGCAGGCUGCCCUGCUUCUGUCAGCGACCAAUCAUAAAAUAUCAGCGACCAAUCGGCCUAUCAGCAAAUAGUAUUUGUCAUUGGCAGGUGAUAUGGGAGCGCCCCAUCUUUUUUUUUUUUUUUACAAUAGUUGCUUUUGACAGUAUAGGAACUAUGCAGGAUAUUUUUUUAUGAUUCACGGUAUUUUAUCUUUAACCCCAAAACUUGAAAGCUCUGUAAGAGAUGAUGAACUAGUCUUUGAAAAAGAGAUCGCUUUAAAUUUAAAACUUAAGUGCUUUUCAUUUUUGUCUGUAAACUUAAAGUUUUUUUCUGCCUAAAUCAUCUCCUCGGGAUGCUGUAACAUCCCCUUCACUCUCAGUUGAACAAACCAUGCUAUUUUGUCCCUGUAGUAUAAUGAGUUAAAUAUGAGUUAAUUUUUUGUGUGUGUUUUCUUAAAAACCUGAAAAAAUUACUUGAGCCAUUAUUUUUAUGUGGGUGAUAUUCUGAGUGUUGACGCUCAUGUGGAAGUGGUCUAAUUUGAUCUUCUUGAACAAGGGUGAGAAGAGUGUCUUUUCAGUUCAUAUCAUUUUAGUUUGCCAUAAUAAUAACAUAUGACAUCUAAACUACGCCUCUUUUGAUUAAGUUUCUCUAUGAUACCACUGACCAUCUAUAAAUGCUGCUUCAUGGAAGAAAUCUGUUGCCCGGUUCCAAAGAAGGCUGUUGCUUGUUUUAUUUUUUCCUGUCAUACAUUGUACAGCAGAGUAAAAUAAACUUGACAGUUUAAAGCAGCAA